UGGUGAAGUCCUACAUACAUGGUGGUUUUUUUAACACUGGUAGAUUACGCUGACGAUGGCCUUGAGCUGAAACAUGUUGGAGUAAAUAAAGAGGAUAAACACCAACUCAGAAGUUAGUCAACUUGGCCACAGUGAGAGACAGAGAGCUGCUUCUCCUGCUGAUGACAGACAGUACGUACUCUGCAGUCCAAAGGUCAUGCUUCCCCGGGUGGGUAAAGAGUUUCUGGUCCGGAUUCGGUUCAACUGGCGGCCAUUUUUCCAGGGCCGGGCCCUGCUGGCCACAAACACCCUGAGCGGAGGAGUCAUUCUGGGGAUGGGAGACAUCGUGCAGCAGACCCGGGAGAACUUCAAGAAUCCAGACAGAGUCCGAGACUGGAGGAGGACAGGUUUCAUGUUUUCAGUGGGCUGCUCCAUGGGCCCACUGCUGCACUACUGGUACAUCUGGUUGGACGGAGUGUUCGUGGGUAAAGCUCUAAAAACAGUGGGCAAGAAGAUUGUGGUGGACCAGGUGGUCGCCUCACCGUUUUUUGGGAUGUGGUAUUUUUUAGGUAUGAGUCUCAUGGAGGGACACACUUUAUCUGAAGGAUGGAUGGAAUUUAGGGGGAAGUUCUGGGAACUUUUUAAGGCGGACUGCUGUGUUUGGCCUGCCGCUCAGAUGAUCAACUUCUACUUCCUCUCACCCAAGUUCCGCGUUGUGUACAUCAACUUUGUUGACUUAGGAUGGGACACCUACCUGUCCUACCUCAAACACAGAGUUGACGGCCACCCCACUGAGCUGGUAUCAGACAGCAGUGCUGUAGAUGUGCAGCAGGAAGUGUUAAAAUCGCCCAAACCUCUGAGGGAAAAAGCUAGAGAUGGAGUCCUUGUUCAACUGUGAAGUCCCUCAUCAAGGCAAAAGAACAUUUUGCUGUUCAAACGUCUUUUCAGCCUUUGCAAAAUGCCGCAGGACUGUCACACAAGACGGGCUGUUUCUUCCGACAGACCUUUCCUCUCUCAAAUUUAAAACAACCACGUUUCUGCCUGACCUCCUGUCAAAAAAAAAAUACCAUUAAAAAUUACUACAAAUAUAUAUUUUAAGAAUUUAAACCCUUUAAA